UGGGAGCAGGUGGGGGAGAAAAAAAAAGGAGGCAGUUAUAAGAGCGGUGUGUUUUCUUAGUGUGUGACUGUUGACCGAUUGUACCGCAGAGCGUGUCCUGCUGCUGUAACACCGAAAGAACCCUGGCACUACUCCACUUACAGAAGAGGGAGAUGAGAAUGGAGAUUUGUCUGGUUCUGCUCUCCAUGAUUCUCACAUGUGGAGCUCAGAAAUGGAAACAGGAAACAUCACGUUGGGACCCUAAAGCAGAAAACAACAACGGCAAGACUUGUUCGAACAUGACCCAGGUCCUGGACAACUGGAAAUUCGCCAUUAUAACCCAAGUGAAAGACCUGCUGAUUAAUGACCACGCAUCUGUCCUCCCUGAAUACAACAGGAUCCAGCCCCUGUCAGAUGCUCUGGGAGAUCUCUACAAGCAGUUCAACGCUCUAAAAGAUGAGCUGGCGAGGCUCUCUGCAAAGUUUGACAGUGUGGAGGGUUUUGUGGACGAUCUAAGGAGCGACAGAUUCACUCUGCCUCGGCGGCCGGUGCAGAGGCUUCCCCCCAGCGUUGGACUCAGGGCUCCACUGCGAGCACAGAUGAGAGUUCCUGUACGGGGGAUUAUUAAGGGGCCGAGGAGGAGAGGGCCACAGACACCUUAGUCUUCUUGUCCAGAAAUGCUGAUGUAUCAAAAUAUGAGAUGAUAUGAUUGUAUAUUUUACAGAAAAUGUUGGCUUAUAUUAUUUGUACUAUAUGCAUGGUGUAUGAAUAUGAUGGUUUUAAAGCUUUCAAAUAUUUAUCUUUUUAUACAAAGUUAAUUUUAGCCACAAGGUGGCAGCAUUUAUCAAACCACCUGAAUCUUCAUCCUGCUGUUGUGAGUUGUGAGAAACAUAAAGGAACAUAAUGGUUAUAAA